GAGAAAAUAAAAGAUUGAAAACAGUAGUUAAUAACAAAAAGAAAACAAAAGCGAAACGGCGCGCAAUCUCGGUGUUCGUGAAUAUAUAUUCCGCCCCACAUCUUCUUCCAUCUGAACACCGACGCCACCAAAACCCCUUCUCUGAUUUCUCUGUCUCUGCAAAUUGCUGAGACUCUGCGAAUCAAUGGCCGGGCCGACUCAAGAAUCCGUCGAAAUCUUCAUGAGAGUCACCGGUGCUUCCGAGUCUCUCGCCCUGCGCAAGCUGGAGGAAUUUAGAGGCAAUAUCAAUGCAGCUGUCAAUUCUCAUUUCAGUGAAGGGUACAAUUUCAAUCAAUAUUCUGCACCACAGCAUAACUACACCAAUGUGAAUAAUGAGAGUCAAGGUGGACAGAAUGGGCUUUGGCCACUUCUUAAUGCCGCUAGAAGUUUCAGGCCAUCAUACCUUCUUGAUCCCAAUUAUAGAAGACAAUUUUUUGACCAGAUGCGUAGAUCUCGAUCAAUGGGUCCUCCAUCUUCUAUUUCACAUUCACAACCAGGAGGUAUGGGGCCAGUUCCUUUAGAAUUCAAUAGCUUUGCAGCUCAGCCAUCUCACCAAGUAAGGAGGACUACCUUUGAAGAUGGAAAUAACACCUCAUCAUCUAGUUAUCAACAAAUAGGGAGUGAUACUGAGGAUGGAAUGCUUAGAGCUGCUAUUGAGGCUUCAAAACAGGAUUCCGACCUUGAGCUCUUACAAAGACAACUUCAGCAAGAGGAUGAUGAUCUUGCUGGUGCAGUUUCAUUGUCGUUGAGGGUGGCUUUGGAAGAGAGAGCAAUUCGUGAGCUGAUGCCGGAGAAUGAAGAUGAAGUUUCAAGAAUGGGAAUAAGAGAAUGUAGCAACAGUGGACCGAAGGAGUGCAAAGAAGGCACUAGUUUUGAUCACCAGCACGAACAAGAUGCAUCUAAACAGUGGGGUGGCAUCACUUCGAAGGAGUUAAAUGAAUCGGUAUUGCUUGAAGCUGCCAUUUUUGGGGAAGUUUCUGAAGACUUUUCAGAGAACGCUCUGCCAGGAGCUCAUUUGCAAAAUGAUCAAAUUCACGGCUCGAGUAAGGGCAGUGAUCUGCAACCUGUACCAUGUUUCUCAAUACCAUCUUCAUCAACACAGCAGUCACAAUGGCAACAAAAGGAAACUGAAAGAAAUUUAGCUGGUCAAGAAGCUCCAUUUCCUCCAGAACCAGAAAUAAAUGAUAAAGAUACAGUGAGCCUCCUUCUUCGUAUGCCAGAUGGAAGUCGCCAUGAGUGCCGCUUUCUCAAGUCCGACAAGCUUCAGCUUCUUUUCAACUUCAUUUAUGGUAAAUUGGGUAUGAAGCCCGGCACAUAUAGAGUGGUUAUGCCAUAUCCCAGGCGUGGUUUCGGAGUUGAAAGUGGUUCAAUGAUGUUGAGAGAUCUCGGCCUCUCUAGCAAGCAAGAGGCCUUGUUCGUGGAGUUAAUAUAAGAUUACAUUUUCCACCAACCUUGUGGAGUCAACAUCGCUGAAGUUGAUGGAGAAUCAAAUAAAUAGGUGGCCAUGCAGACAGGUGCUCAAGCCAAUUUUGUUUUAUGUAUAUGAAUAGUGGAAAAAUAUUGGCAACUUCAUGGCGUCGGUGGCUAGAAGAAAAGAGAGAGAUUUAAAAAAUUGUUUGCACGGUCAUGACUAAUGGGCUGUUUGAGUAUUUUCAUAUAUGCUUCUUAAUAGAUGAUCCAUCUAUUUAAAUCAGUUGACUUGAUUAAUAAUAUUCUAUGUCAGAUCUGAAGUCCUGUAAAAAAAUUUUUGGUCCACGUCCAUGUUAUCAUUCCCACAAAAGACUUUCAACGUCUCAGACUUUUGCACUUGAUAUGGAAAAUUGUGCCAUCAAAGCUAUGCUCAACA